UUUACUCAAUUAUAGUCAGAAACACUGCUGUUUCUGAUAUACAUCAAUGUAACCAUGGUUGCUUUGUGUUGUGUGAUCUCAAUUCAACAUUUGCUAUUUAUCAAUAGCUGCGCGUAACGUAGUACUCUUUGAAAUUGAUAAAUUGAAUUGAUAAAUCAUUGCAUCAUUGUACAUUUGCUCUGUCUAUUUAACGAUCGCUAUUGUUGUCAUCAGCAUUAAUAUUCACCUUCCAACUCCUUUUUAAAAACUGCUUUUGUUUAYAACUAUUAGCCUUYUUAAUUAAGCUAUACAUUGAGAACAAACGGCCAUAAACCUUGUUUGGAUUCCAAGAAGAGUCUAGAACAAACACCCAGGAUCGAGUAAAUCUCCCACGCGAUAAAGAUGCAUCAAUACCGCGCAGCUACCUUGGAAUGUACACAUUACAUUAAAGGGCAUAGAGAAAGCCUUCAUAACAUGACACGAGUACUCACUGUCGACCUUGCAGCAUCUACAAGAGACGCUGUAGAUAAAGAUGAAGUUCUUGUUUAUUCUUCUUCUUCUCGUCCUUCCUGCCUUCUUAGAGGCAACAGGCGAGAGUGACAAACGUGGAUGGUGGGGWCGAAGAAAUCGUAGGCCCAAAGCUAGACCCAAACCAAGACCAAGACCUCGGUAUGGAUACGGCGGUCAAUCUGUGACGUGCUCUGCUUCUGGCGACCCUCACUACAAGACAUUUGAUGGUAAAAGAUACAACUUUAUGGGGGAAUGCCGUUAUAUUCACACGACCGAUCACUGUAAGGUUGACUGUGGUCGACCAAGGCUUGGUACGUUCAAAGUUAUCGCUGAGAAUUGUAACUGUGGUAGAAGGGUCAGUUGUGUCAAGUCGGCGGAAGUCGAUAUUAGAGGUGAUAAGAUCUAUCUCAGACGAGGAACAUUUGCACCAGCAAACAAGGAGACUGUGCACUACUCGGUUCGAAGAGAGGGUAACUUUGUGGUAGUAMGAACCAAGCCUGCUGGUUUGACCGUGAARUGGGACAGGAACAUGGGACUGCAUAUUUAUCUAACAUCAAAAUACAAGGGGAAGGUUUGUGGGUUAUGUGGUAACUUUGAUGGUAAUCAAUACAACGAUUUCCUAAAAAGCAAUGGCAAAAGCGCAGGAAACAAUGUAAACGACUUUGCCAAGUCAUGGCAGGCCGGUGGUAAAUGUGGCCAGGCACCAAUAACACCAACUCACCCAUGCCAAAAAAACCCUCAUCGCCGUCAAAUAGCUGAAAAAGACUGUGCUGUUAUCCUUUCCAACCAYUUUAAAUUCUGCAAAGAYGCUGGCGUAGAUGUGGACUAUCUUUACCGUAACUGUCUGUACGAUGUGUGUGCAGAGAAAGCAGUUAGUAUGAAGGACAGCAGCUGUGAUGCUAUCAAAGAGGCGUCAUACGAAUGCAAAGAUCAGACUGGGAAGACCGUGACCUGGGGACAYCUUGAACAAAAGUGCAAAUGCCAGCGUGAGGUCCAAUUGCAAGACUCCUAUCAGACCAAAUGCUGUGUUUUCCCAUUUCAAAAAAAUGGAGAAUGGCAUUAUGACUGCGUUAAAUCAGGACAAGGAUCUUGGUGUUCAACCGAGAAAAUUGCCACUGCUCAUUCUAUUGGACAGUGUGUUAACAGCUACGGUCAAAGAUAAAGAUACGAAGUCAACGAGCUUGGUGACAUCAUACUAGACAUUGUGACGUCAUACUAGACWUURUGACGUCAUAYUAGACYUUAUGWCGUCAUUACGUUUUURAGGURUACUGUGACGUAUGUAUGYAUUAAAAGKUGGUAAUAGGUYUAAUAAGCAUUUCUCGUAUAAUUAUAAAGAUUGUACAUUGAAGUGAUAUUAGAAAUAAAGUCAGUUUCCAUGUUUAA